CCAUCUCGCUCUCCCUGCAAGAAACCAAAUGGCUGGGCUCUCACUUUUGCUUCUUUUCCUCAUCAUCACUUGUUUCCUAACUGCAACUUUGGCUUCCUCCUCACAACUUCAUGACCCUGAACUGGUAGCACAGGAAGUCCAUAGGAGCAUCAAUGCUUCUAGGAGGAACUUGGGCUACUUGUCAUGUGGAACUGGCAACCCCAUAGACGAUUGCUGGAGGUGUGAUCCCAACUGGGAACAAAACCGCCAGCGCUUAGCCGACUGCGCCAUUGGGUUCGGCAAGGACGCCAUCGGAGGAAGAAACGGUCGAAUCUACGUAGUCACCGACUCUGGAGACGACGACCCAGUGAACCCUAGACCCGGAACCCUAAGACACGCAGUGAUCCAAGACGAGCCAUUGUGGAUUAUAUUCAAAAGGGACAUGGUGGUUCAACUGAAGCAAGAGCUCGUGAUGAACUCGUUCAAGACCAUAGACGGUAGAGGAGCGAGCGUCCACAUAGCUGGAGGGCCAUGCAUCACCAUCCAUUAUGCCACCAACAUCAUCAUCCAUGGCAUCAACAUCCAUGACUGUAAGCAGGCAGGGAACGGGAACAUACGAAACUCGCCGGAGCAUUCAGGGUGGUGGACGAUAUCGGAUGGCGAUGGGGUGUCCAUAUUUGGUGGGAAACAUAUAUGGGUGGACCAUUGCUCUCUCUCUAAUUGCCAUGAUGGCCUCAUUGAUGCCAUCCAUGGAUCCACAGCCAUCACCAUAUCCAAUAACUACAUGACCCAUCAUGAUAAGGUCAUGCUUUUGGGGCACAGCGAUUCCUAUACGCAAGACAAGGGCAUGCAGGUCACAGUUGCCUUUAAUCAUUUUGGAGAAGGCCUUGUCCAAAGAAUGCCAAGGUGUAGACAUGGAUAUUUUCAUGUGGUGAACAAUGACUACACACACUGGGAAAUGUAUGCAAUUGGAGGGAGUGCAGCUCCAACUAUCAACAGCCAAGGCAAUAGAUUUCUGGCGCCUAAUACACGUUUCAAUAAAGAGGUGACUAAACAUGAGAAUGCACCGGAGAGUGAGUGGAGGGGUUGGAACUGGAGGUCAGAGGGGGAUAUGAUGUUGAACGGGGCAUAUUUCAGGCAGUCAGGAGCAGGAGCAUCUUCAAGCUACGCCAGGGCUUCAAGCCUCAGUGCAAGGCCUUCUUCUCUGGUGGGCUCCAUCACAACUACUGCCGGUGCCCUUAUUUGCAGGAAGGGAUCCCGCUGCUAAUUAUCAAUUAAUUAAGAAAUUAUGUAGUAAUUAAUGAAAAACAAGGAGUUUGCAACCUCUGCUUUGAGCUUAAUUAAUCAAAAUUCAGCAAC